UAAAACUUACCAAGAAGUUAGAACAAUCGGCCCUAAUAGUGGAAAAGUGCAUGUGCACUCUUUGCCGUAAGUAGAAUACACGUUCGUGGCUGGGAAUGUCGGAAUGAAUAAAUGCGAAGUCCUCAGCGCUAGAAUCGAUAUGUUAGGCAGAUGAACGGACGGACAGACGUAUGUAGAAGCGUGCAAGUGGACGGACACGGUAGAACAUCGAUCGAUAUACAGUUUCGAUAAAGGGGAGACGCGCCAGUCGAUUAAAGAGGACGAGAAAGAAGAAGCGGGCGCUGGAGAAGCAAGAGAAGAAAGAGGAGGAAGAACAGUGUGAGAGAGAGAGAGAGAGAGAAAGAAAUAGAGAAAGAAGAGUCGCAGCGACUUAGAUCCAGCGAUAUAGGUAGCCGCCGUCGCCGGUCGUCGCGUGUUAUAUAAAACGCUCGUCCGCUCGACAGCGCGUCCUCGCUCGUGGUCGGGCAUACAUAAUCGGGUUGACCGUCUACGUGACACGAUGAUGCCGGAGCCGAAGAGUCGCGAUCGCUGACGCGAAUCGGACCGGUCAACUUAGCGGUGUAGCGCUUUGGGCGAAGACAGCAUCUCGAUCGGUAGAUGAUAAAACGAAGAGAGAAGAAAUGAUAUAAAUCGCGGACGGACCUCCCGCGCGCCUCAGUCGGCCAAAAAUCCUUGUAACUCGUAGCGGUUCCCCCGCGCGUGCAAAGAGGCACACGCGCGCCUCGAACAUCCUCGCGACCCUUCUGCUUCCUCUCGCACGCGCCCGCGUCCCGCGUCCUUUUCCUUUGCCCCCCUCUGUCCGACUUGCGUUCUCCGUCGCGCGUCCCUUCUUCCCCGUGUGCCCUCCGGGGGCUCCGGGUCCUCCGUGCGCGCGUUCUCCAGUCUUCUACGUCGCGCUCCCGCCGCCGUACCUAUCCCUCCGGCUGUGGGUCCCGCUAUAGGCGUCGUCGUGACGCACCUCUUGCAUACUACUAACUAGCUGCACGGCGAGCGUUCUCCACUCAUUCCUCCUUCUCUUCUUCUUAUCUUCUUCUUCGUCACCACCGUUCCUCUUGUCCUUGAUCUGUCGCCCUGUCUUGCCUCGUCACAAGUCCUAGCUCUUUUUUGUCCCGCUCCCGGCUUUAAACGCACGCGCGCGCCUCCUCCUGACCGGUAGUUCCUUCUCUUCCUUCCUUCGUCCUUCCGACCUGUCUAAGUCUCCCUCUCUUUUUCUCUCUCUCUACCUCUUUUUCUCUCUUUCUCUCUGUUUUUCUUUCCCUCUUCCUAACCACGUCUCCGUUCGGUUCUUCGCUGCUUCUGGCCGUUUUGUUUUGCACUCUCGUUUAUUACAAGAAGAGCGCGCGAUCUCUCUUGUGCACACGCGAUCAAGAGAGAGGGAGCAAGCGGGAGAGGGAGGGAGCGGAGUGAGGAUUCGCGAGGUGUGCGAGUCUACUUCCACCUGUUGGGGUAAGGGAGUCGGGAGAGAGACACCGAGGGAGCGAGACAUCGGGAGAAGAGAAUAAUGAUGUUGGGAUGGUGCAUUGGGAUCGCGGCCACCCUGCUGGCCCUCCUCAUCUAUCUCGCGUACUUCUUCAAGUUCAACUGGGUCAAGGAUAUGAGAAAUGAGGGCAAAAUGCAGAAGAUCGACGGUGUGUACGUGGGAUCGAAAAGUCGAAAAAUCGGCAAACUACCACCGGUUUAUCCAAAUGGAUGGUUUGUCCUGUUGGAAAGUUCGCAGCUGAAAAGGGGUCAAGUAAAGCACGUGUCCGCUCUUGGCGAGAAUUUUGCAGUAUUCAGAACCGAGAGAGGCGUUGUCAACGUUUUAGACGCGUAUUGCCCGCAUUUAGGGGCAAAUAUGGGUGAGGGUGGCCGCGUCCGAGGUGAAUGUCUGGAAUGUCCCUUUCACAGCUGGACGUUUCGUGGAGAUGGUUUCUGCGAUAGUAUACCUUACACCGAAAAGGUACCGCAUAUUGCGCGUGUGAAAAGCUGGAAAUGCUGUGAAGUGAAUCAUCUGAUCUUCGUAUGGUACCACGCCGAAUCCGCCGAGCCGGACUGGCAACCCCAGCCACAUACGUACAUCUCUAGCGGGGCAUGGCGCUUCCAAGGUCGCAAUGAAUUUCUCGUUAGCUGCCACAUACAGGACGUAGCGGAGAACGGUGCCGACCUGGCACACCUCAGCGCAGUUCAUGGUCCAGCCAUGUUCUUCAGUGACAAUGUUUCCUGGCUGGCCCGACAUUCGUGGACGAACGCGGUGUGGCGGCCGUACUGCCCAUAUUCCAGCGAGACAGAAGACGAGACGAUGAACAAGACGAACACGGAAGCGACGGAGGUGCGCGUGAAGUUGAACGGCGCGUCGUCAGUCGAGCCGAUUUCGAAUGGUCACGUCGUGGAUCAUGUUGAGGGCCACGCAACCGCCACAACGGAGAACGUUGUCGGCCGGAGGGAAAAGUACAAGGCCAGUAUGCAGAUGCGUCACAGCCUGGUCCUGCUGGAACGUUUCACCCUGCUCGGCAUGCGUGUGAGCGUCGAGCAGAUUGGACCAGGCUACGUCGAAUUGCUGAUUGACACAUCGUUUGGGUCCAUGUACAUCUUGCAGACGGUCACGCCAAUAGAGCCGCUGUUGCAACGGGUGACCCAUCAGAUCUUCUCGCCGGCUUUGCUGGCGCCAUACGCGAAACUGAUCUUCCUGGGUGAGUGCUUGAUGUUCGAGCGCGACAUAGCAAUCUGGACCCACAAGAAGUUCGAGCGACAGCCUACUCUGGUGCGCGAGGACCGCGCUAUCUUGGCGUAUCGUCGCUGGUACUCGCAGUUCUACUCCGCCCAUAGUCCCACGUAUCAGAUGGCCACGAAGAACCUAUUGUGGUAGCGAUACUUAUGUACGUUGUAAUUUUGCAGUCGUCCCUCGCUAGAUGAUCGACACAUCGAGAUUUGAAAUUCAACAUGAUGAAUUCGUUUCUAACAGAUGUAAAUCAUUUACGUGAUGCAAUUCGAAUCUCGAUGGAGAAGAGAUGAAAGCUUGCUUUUAUGUCUAUUCACAAUUGCAGUAUCGUUGCAUGGCAGGAUUAUUGUUUUUAUGUUUUAAAGCCCGCUUUAUGCAAUGAAUUAAUUAGGUCGAGAUAAAAUUUGAGACAUCUAUUGAGAAUUUUAUUUGUACAUAUAACACAGAAAGUAUAUUUGAAAAGGAUACGUAUGUUUAAGAACAACAUUACACGUAUAUCAUCCGUAUUUUAUACGCAUACGAAUGAAAGUUCUGUUCUAAAUUAUAAAUCUAACGUGGAAUUUCAUUUGUCAAGAUGAAUUUCUUUUUUCGAUGGUUCAGAAUAUUAGUCGUUCAUAUUUCUCUACAUUAGCAUGAUACUAUAUAUUCGGCUGAUGUAUGUUCGUUUGUUGACACGCAUAUUCCAUAACGAUAUGCUUACUGCACCGGCGUGUACAUAUUGCUUAUUUGACGAAUUCCUGAAAUGGGUGAACAUUUUAUUUUUUAAAAAUGAAAAUUGUGUGGUUGUUGUACUGUUGUUUUCGAUAUCGGAAACUUAUCGUACAUAUGUUUAGAUAUUAUGUAGAUGAAUACGUUGUUUAGUAAAUUAAUUAACAUGCAUUCGCAAGAAUAAUAUCUGUCGUACAAUGUAAUAAAAUUAAAAUCGUAAAACUCUUUUAUAUUCAACAUAAUCAAAUAUCUCUUAUCCUUGAAUGCAAUUUUUCUGUUGUAUUUUCUGUCAUAUGCUUUUUGGUGUCUAUAUAUCUUUAUUAUUAAGAUAGAUAGAGUUUAUACAUAAUAUUCGAAUAAAAGAAAAUGCAUUCGAAAUAUAUUAGCUGUAGUAUAUAAGCAGUGGUUAAUAAGUUUAAUAAACUUCGAUAAACUAAUCUUUAAAAUUGGACUUUUGUCAGGUAUAUAUUAUUACUAUCAAUUUAUACACUUGCCGGGAAAGUGUAUUCGACUUAUGUCUAUGUACAUAUAAAAUUUACGGUAAACUAUAAGGAUUCUAAAUAAAAUUCAUAAAGACAAUAA